GGCACCACGCGAUGCUUCCGGCGCUGAGGCCUCGCCUCCGCGUCCCCCUGGCUUAUAUCUGCUGCCGCCUUUCCUCAUCCUCUUCCGGCGAGGGAUGUCCUCCCGCCGCCCGCGCGGACCCCGCGGCGGUGACUGCGGCGAAGGCGCAGGAGGCGAUGGCGGCGCGGAUGGAGGCGUACAAGAAGGUGCAGGAAUUCGACUGGUCCAGCGGCGCUGACUGGAAGACGGCCGCCAACAUCCUCUUCACGGUGCCCCCCAAGCGCAAGGAAUUCGGGCUUGACUUCCACCUUGUGCAGCUCUUCUUUGUUUGCAUGCCCUCACUAGCUGUCUAUUUGGUAGCCAUGUAUGCACGAAGAGAGAUCAAAAGGAUGGAAGCGGAAGCAGAAGAAAAAAAGAAAAAAACCGAGGAACUAGAGAAACAGAAACAACUUGAAGCCGAUUCUAUUAAGGAGGAUGCCGAUUCAAAGCUGGCAACAGUGUUAGUCAGGUUAGAUACACUGGAGGGUGUCGUUAAGGAAAUUGCGGGUGACAAAACGAGAGGUUCCGUUCUUGAUUUAUCAACCUCAAAGGAGGCUUUGAAGAAGGUUGAGACAUCAUCUCCUGAUAAGACCUCUGCUUCAAAGAGUGAUGCAAGUAAUAGUCAGCCAGCGUCUUUGAAGAGUAAGGACAUCAACAGUGGUAUAAAUGCUCCGCCAAAUACGACACAGCAGGAUAGUAAAGGGGACAGAGACAAGCCAGCCAAUGAGUCAAGGAGUUGAUAAAGAACCCUCUUUUGGGGGCUUGGAGCAAUUAUUUGGAAUGUGUUGCAGUCAUCAGGUAAAUUUGCAGUCUGUUGAAUAAUGAUCAAGGGGUUAGGCCAGUUAGCACUUAGAAGGCAUUGUUAAGUAGUCAUGUUGAUCCAUUUGUCGGGAAUGUGGGUACUUGCUCAGAUUUGGUGUUGUACCUGCACACUCUUCUGCCCACGACAGAGUAAAAGCACUUUAUACAGCCUUGCAGUCUUCAGGGUUUGUUAUGCAGUACUAAA